GUGCCCGCUUACUUAGUAGUAAGUAAGAAUUUAUGAUGCGCCAAAUAAUGAGCACCAGGACACUGGUGCAGCUCCCACCAGAGCUUUUGUGUCAUACACUGGCAUUUCUUGACGCGUACGACCUAGUGCGGGUACGAAAGACAUGCAAAGCGCUGAAAGCGAUGGUCGACGAUUCGGAGACGCUGCAAUACGUCAUCGACCUUAGCUACUUCCAAAUGAUUCCAGUGGGAAUAUCCGAAACGGACGUACCACCAGCUACACGUCGCAAACAACUCAGACAGCAUGAUGCUGCAUGGCAACGCAUUGGAUACAAACAGAGGUGUACGCUCCCCUCAUUCAUGUCAGGUUCCAUAUAUGAGUUUGUGGGUGGUAUAUAUGGUUCGGUUGGGGAGGACUGCAUCCACUUUGCACGACUACCAUCCCCGUCUGAUUCUGGUGAUCUAUAUUAUUGGAGUCAGCCUAUCGACAUAAUGGCCUUGGCGGACUUCACUUUCUGUGCUGCGCAAGAUCUACUUAUUGUUGUGACAUAUUCACCGGAUGUUCAAAGUCGUGCAUACGAUAUCCAUUUGAGGUCGCUGACAACAAACGACGCUCACCCCGACGCAGCGCGACCAUUUUUGAAAGCACUCGACAAUGCUGAUAUUGGCCGCCGAAUAUCUGGUCCCAGUGGUCAUGUGAAGGUCCAAAUCAUCAGGAACUACAUCAAUAUGCUAUGUCGGAAUGUUAUCGGAAACGUGCCCAAUGUCGUAGACUGUGUGCAAAUGUGGGACUGGAAAUCCCCGAACGAAUACCAGUUCAUUCUUUUGUUUGACGACGGUAUCGACGACUGCUCCUUCAUUGCGGAGGAUAAGUUCCUCGUCAUUGUUGACUCCAAGACCAUGGAAAUAUAUUCCAUUGCUGACAAGUCAAAGCCCCCACAAUGCACCGCGAAACUCUCCUUUCCUUCUCUCAUGGGUGACUUUUCAUAUACGUCUGCGUUUACGAGCGAAAAUCCCACUCCUGGUUCCAUAUUUCCCUAUUCUCGAAAGUUCCACCAGCAACCUUCAUGCUCAUUUCAUCCGAGUACGAACGAUCAACUCAUAGGCAUCGUUGUUCGCAUCGCUCGGAACACGAAUCCAAGAGACUCGCACCUCUAUCGUUUCUUCACCCGGUGUAGUGCCAUUCUGGAACUCGAAGGUUUAUUUUCCAGGACUUAUGGCCAAUCAACCUCGGGUGGUCCCAAGUUACUUUGGUCGAUGUGGGGGCCACAGCAUACGACGUGGUUCCGUUUUCGAGAGAAUGAGAACUGGGAACCUUCACUCUAUGGUUUCCGCACUGUGGAGUCCAUCGAUAGAAGCACUUACUUCGUGUCACGUACACCUCGUCAGCUACGUAUCAGAGAUUUCAAUCCACACAUCGCUUGGAACUAUGGUGCGGAAGAUACGUCAAAAUGGUGCGGUCGACUUGUACGAGGCGAGGUUGCUAGGAUGAUCUUGCGCCCGUUUACGGAACCGCUGGGGUCUGCACUGGCGUAUCGUGAGUUCGUUAGCGAGGAGCUGUUUGACGUGACGGAGACCAAGAUGGACGAAAGUAGGAUUCUGCUGCUGAAAAAUGACGAUAAUGGAGACUUGAAAAACAUUGAAGCAUUGGUAUUCUGACUACCUAGUAAUGCUAAUGUUGACGCCUUGGGAGGGAUCGUCAGUUACUGGCUAGGUGCUCCACAUUGCGGAUCGCUUGUGUAAUCAUGUAGGUACCCAAUGGUUGGAUUGGGCUUUCCGAGGCAUAAACCAUUCUGCGUACCAGGCAAGACGGACCGGCUAGUGUUUUUUUGUCAUUUCAUUGUUUCACUUCUCGGCCGUAAUCUUUAUGACCUCGUGGAAUUGGUGUGCUGCAAUACUACUAUUUAUGCCGCACGAAGUAGUGUUGUUGAUUGAUAGCGGAUAACCUAGAUGACGGAUUUC